AUGCGCGCGCUGCGCGCCUACUCCACCGCACAAUACACGGCCGCAGACCUCGACGUGAGCGACUAUAGUAAGCGUGUCGACACGUCGCUCGACGCGCUCACUUCGCAACUUGAGGAGCUCAUCGAGACUGAGGACAUCGACGAAAUCGAGCAGACACGCGGCCAAGGCGGCAGCCUCUCCGACUGGGAUGUGGAGUACGCGACUGGCGUGCUGAACCUGCGCAUGGGCACUUUUGGCACCUAUGUGAUCAACAAGCAGCCGCCGUCGCGCCAGAUUUGGCUCUCGAGCCCGACGAGUGGCCCGAAGCGCUUCGACUACGAUAUCGACAAAAACGUCUGGUUCACCUACAAAGACGGGCAGCUCUACCUUCUCCACGAGCUGCUCAAUAGCGAGCUGAGUGCCAUCUUCGGAAGCGAGCUCGACUUGGCGUUCGACUCACCCGCAGGUGCAUCGCCUACGUCGCCGCCCAAGUCGGGACUCUUUGGCAAGAGCGGCGGGAUUUCGUCGCCGCUCCAGGCACCUUCACUUUCAUCGAACACGGCACAAAUGAGCCCUGGUGGUAGUAAUACGUCUGCGUUCGAUGGAUACAACCAGUCGUCCAUCCCGGGACGACAAGGCGCACAGGACGCGACAAACGAGCUGAGCAAUGCGUCGAUGACAGGCGAGCACUCGUUCGCGAAUAGCAUGCGGUCGCACGCUCCGUUCGGAGAUCGCAUGGGCCAGCAGAUGAACAACUUGCAGCAGCACAUCCCGACGCUCCAGCAGCACGACUCGCAGACGGAUGCCGGUCGUCAGCAGCUCCAACAACUCCACGCGCAGCAGUUCUCGCAGCUGCCGGAGCAGGAGGGCUUACAGGCACGGCAGCAGGGCCUGCCGGGCUUGCAGGGCCUCGGCCAACAGGGCCAGCACGGCCUUCAAGGACUCGGUCAGCACGGCCAGCAGGGUCUGCAGAGUCUGCAAGGCGUCGGCCAGCACGGCCAGCAAGGUCUCCAGAACAUCGGCCAGCACGGCCAGCAGGGGCUCCAGGGCCUCGGCCAGCACGGCCAGCAAGGUCUUCAGAACAUUGGCCAGCACGGCCAACAGGGGCUCCAGGGCCUCGGCCAGCACGGCCAGCAGGGGCUCCAGGGCCUCGGCCAACACGGCCAGCAAGGGCUCCAGGGCCUCGGACAGCAGGGACAACAGGGUCUCCAGGGCCUUGGACAGCAAGGGCAACAUGGCCUUCAGGGCUACGCACAGCAGGGCAUGCAAUUUGGACAAGGGCAACAUGACAUUCAGGGCCUCGGACAAGGACAGAAGGAGCUGCCUAAUAUUGGGCGGCAGGACCACCAAGGUCUCCAGCCCCAGCAAGGUCUCCAGGGCCAGCAGGGCCUGCAGGGCCUGCAGGGCCUCGGCCAGCAGGGCCAGCAGGGCCAGCAGAGCUUCCACGGUCUCGGCCAACAAGGCCAGCAAAGCUUUGACCAGAGCCUGCAGGGCUACGAUCAGAGCCAGCAGCAGAGCCUGCAAGGCCUUGGCCAGCAGAGCCAGCAGAGCCAGCCUGGGUCGCAGUAUGCCCAGAACCAGCUGCAGAGCCAGCAGUUCCAGGGCCAGGGCCAGCAGCCCGGCCAGCAGCAGUACGCCGCUCAGCAGUUUGCCGGCCAGCAGCCCACGGGUCAGCAAUAUGCGCAUUCCACCCAGCAGUAUACGCAAGCCCCCCAGCAGUACGCCCAAGCCCCCCAGCAGUACGCCCAAGCCUCCCAGCAGUACGCCCAAGGUCCCCAGACGUACCAGCAGUCUGCGCAAGAGUACGCCGCGGCGGCUGCGCCCACCUCUGAAUACACGCCAAGCACGACGCAGCAGCAGCAGCAGUACACGCAGCAGCAGCAGUACACGCAGCAGCAGCAGCAGGCACGGUAUGCGCAGUCGGGCUACGGCCAGGCCGAGGAGGUGAGCUCCCAGGCCGAGGCUGCGCGUGCCGCGACGCCCGCGGCGGCGCCUGCCGCGCAGUACGCCCAGUCGCCGAGCCGCGACGAGCCUGCAGACCGCACGCUGGACUCGAUGCGCAACGCGUACCCCGCAUCGCAGACGACGCCGUCCAAGAGCUCGCGCAUGGACCCCAGCGAGAUUUCGCGCGUGUCGCGCAUCUACUACGUCGAGCUGCUCCAGUUCUUCCGGUCGCAGACGACCAAGAUCUCGCUGCUGACGAACUCGCGCAGUAAUGCGCGUGAGAAGCUCACGCGCCUGAGCAAGCAGCAGUUUGCCGAGCUUUCUACCGACGUGCACGACGAGCUCAAGCGCCGCCAGGCGAACGCGGAGGGCGACCAGUCGACGCCCUACCUCCCGGGCCGCGACGACUUCCACCCCAAGCGCAACCAGGCGCGGCAGAAGCUUGCGACGCUGCCCAAGAACCGUUUCCGCGAUCUGGCGAGCGAUGUGUUCUUUGAGCUCGAGCGCCGCUUCCCCGAGUUCCCUGCCGAGCUGCGCCCCGAGCCGCUGGAGUCGAUCAUGGCGCCGAAGGAGGGCGCGAACGAGCGUGAGAGCCAGGCCGAGGCGCCCGCUCCUGCGCUGAACACGGUGCCGAGCGCGACGGCCCCGCCGGAGCAGCAGACGUCGACUGCGCAGACGUUUGUGCCGACGCGCAGCACGGCCGUGGAGGAGAACGUGAACUUGCCAUACACGAUCCCCCAAGAGGCCCGCCAGGAGACGCACGAUGCUGCGACUUCCCGCGAUGCCGCGCAGGACGCCGCACAGAACGAGGCGGUCGAGGCCCGUGCUGCUGCGCUGCAGGCCAAGAAUGCGGACGAGAUGCAGGAGCUCCGCUCCAUGUAUGAGGACCGCAUCCACACGCUGCAGCAGCACGUCGAGCAGCUCGAAAACGAUCUCGGGGCUGCGUCGCGUGCGCGUGACGAGUACCGUGGCGCGUACGACGAGCAGCAGGCCCAGGCCAAGACGCUCGAGGGCCAUGUGCGCCAGCUCGAGCAGAUGAUCGACGGCCACCGCUCGCAGAUCACCGAGCUGCGUGCCGCCCACGAAGAGCGCCAGACCGAGCUUGGCGAAAAGCACCGUGCGCUCGAGAGUGCGACGAGUGAGCUGACGCGCCACCGCACCGACCUCGAUGCGCUGCGUUCCGAGUACAACACGCUGCACGCCGCGCACGCCAACGCCUCGCGUGAGGCCGCGGCAGUGGACGAGGCGGGCUGGAAGCGCGAGAUUGAGCGCAUGCAGCGCGACACGCAGCAGCAGCAGCAGUUUGUGCAGGAGCUGCGCAUGGAAGUCGCGUCGCUCCUCGAAGAGCUGCGCCGCCUGAGUGCGCGCAACGACGCGAUGACCGCCGACAAGGAGUCGGACGUGGCCAUCAUCCGUGACCUGCACGCGCAAAUGUCGAACUACAAGCGCCAGUACGAGAAUGCAACGGGUGAGCUGCGUGCGCUCAAGGCCACGACGCAGCUCUGGUCGCAACCGCUGCGCUCGGAGGAGUGGAUGCACCUCGCCGAAAACGGCGCGAUUGCCGAUACGAAUCUGACGUCGUUCCAGUCGUCGAUCGACGAGCUGCUUGCCUCGUCGCGCUCGUCGACCCCGUCGAACGUGCUCGUGUCGAUGAAGUCCGUCGUGCUCUCGACAACGCUCAUCACCGAUGACGUCGCCAAGUACGAGGGCAUGCCCGAGUUUGGCCCCCAGCUCUCGCGCCAGCAGCACGAGGACCUGCAGACGCUCAAGGUCAGCAUGUCCGAGGCGCUCGCGAACCUGAUGAACGCGUGCCGCAACCACGCCUCGUCGCAGGGCCUCGCGCCGGUGAGCCUCGUCGACGCCGCGACGACCCACGUCGCCAUGGCAGUCGUCGAGAUGAUCAAGCUCGUGAAGCUGCGCAAGGUGAACCAGCCGCGCGCGCUCGAACCCGAGACUACGGAGGAGGCGCAGGACGCCCCGCCCAGCUCGUCGGGCCUCAAGCCGCUGCACAUCAGCCAGCGCUCCGCGCUCGCCUCGCCCCCGAACUCGGCCGGAAUCGCACGCACGCGCCGCGCGCCGAGCCAGGGCUCGCUGCGCAACCUCGCGUACAACGCCGAGUCGCGCGACGUGCCCCCGGUCCAGAUCCCGGAGCGCGACGCGGACGACCUCGAGCGCCCGCGCACCGCGAGUGCGGGCAAGUAUUCGCCGGUGCGCUACGCGCAGCGCGAUCGGCCCGAUGCGCCAAGCGGCCUGCGCGGCCUUGCGCUGCGCACGGAUCGCGAUGAGGCGAGCCCCACGGUCACGGGGCCAGAAGUGAGCAGCCCGCUCGCCUCUCAGAGCUCGGCGCCGGCGGACUGGAAGUUGCCCGCCGCGGCGGGCGCUGCCGGCGUCGGCGCUGGCCUCGCCGCGUUUAGCGGCCCGAGUGCGCCGAAUGCAAGCGAGCCUGCGCCGAGUGCGCGCGACACGCCGCAGGCGCCCCAAGGCCUCUAUGCCCAGGCGCCUCAGUCCAUCCCCAGCACCGGCACGAGCCCGGCGGUGGGCCAAGAGACCUCGCCGCUGCCGAACGCGCACGGCGCGAGCCCGCACGGCGCGAGCCCGUUGAACGCAGCUGCGCAGCAGCCUGCGCAAGAGCCGAGCCCUGCGGUCGGCGCGAACACGAGCCCGUUCUCGAACGCGCAAGGGACGAGCCCCCACUUUGGCGCGAACACGAGCCCGUUCCCGAACGCACAAGGCGCGAGCCCCCAGGUGCCAGGCCUGCCACAGGCGAGCCCUCAGGUGAACGUCACCGAGCCGCGUGAGCUGGACUCGACGCUUCCGCCUCAGCCCGUGCAGCCCGCGCAAGAGCCGAACCAGCGCCCGUCGCUCGGCCAGAUGGCUUUUGGCGCGGCGGGUGUCUCGGCAGCGUUUGGUGCGCUUGGUGCGGCCGGUGCGAGUGGUGCAACGACGAUCGCGCCCGAACCGCGCUCCCUUGCCGAGAUCCCGAUCCCCGAGGAGAAUGCCGAGACGUACUCGGAACGUGCGAGCGAGGUGGCUGAUGCGCCCGCGCUGAACGGUGCGUCGCCUGCGGCGAGCCACUCGACGCUUGGCCCGUCUCCCGCAGCGGCGUACGCCCCCCAAGGAGCGUCGCCCGUGCCCUCGGGCAUGGCUCCCUCGCCUGCGCCCUCGUCGCUGGCGUUCCCCAGUGAGCUGUCGGCGCCGGUGCCUGAUGCGUCGAGCGGCGCCUUUGCUGCCGAUGCUGCGUCGACGCGUGCGCCCGACGUCCCCCCCCGCUCGGUGGAUGCGGACGCGGCGGCGCUGGCCGACUACACGGCCCCCCGUACGGCGGCGCCCCACGAGUACACCGCGCCUCGUCCUGUGGAGGAACUGGCGGCGGCCGAGGAGGUCGACGACAGCGAGAACUGGGCGGAGCUGCGGAACUAUAUCGAAGUGCAGACCGAGGCGAUUGUGCACUCGAUCCAGUCGCUCCUCUCGGCGCUGCGGGAAGGCGUGCAGGGCCCUCAGCUGAACGAGAACCUGACGCAGAUCACGACGAUCGUCUUCUCGAUUGUUGCGAUCUCGCGCGACCACCUUCCCCAGUCGACCUCGCCGCGGCAUGCGCCGAUCGCGGCCGAGGCGGAGCGUAUCUUUGCGGAGCUCACCGAAAACUGCGAUCGGUUGAGUGACAUGCAGACCGAUACGAGCUUCGAUCGGACGACGAAGAGUGUGAUGGCGAGUGCUAGCUACGGCGUGGCCAAGGGUCUCAAGGCACUCAACGAACUACUCAACGAUGCGGACGAAGCGGCCCUCCAGCCCUAA